AUGAAUUCAUGCUAUAGGUACGCCAUAUCUCGACCGAGCGAAUAUCUUGUGCUCACUGGAGCCGGGAUUGACGACAUCAAAGUAUGCAAGAAGGCAUUUGUGUGGCCACUUCAGCGGUGUUCGAGGAUAUCUGUAGCACCGUAUGAUUUCUCGCUUAGCCUACAGGCUAUGACCAUCGAGAAGCUGCAGUUUUCUCUGCCAGCAGUGUUUACCAUAGGCCCCGACAAUGAGCAGGGCGCACUCAGGAAAUAUGCGCUGCUUCUUUCGGGCUGUACAGACGAGGCUGAUCCUGCCCAAAAGAGGGACCUGAAUAGCAAAGCAAAGCAGAAUCAUGUCCAGGAUAUCGUUCGAGGAAUCAUCGAAGGUGAAACACGAGUGAUUGUUUCUAGCAUGUCCAUGGAGGAGAUCUUCAAGGAGAGACAGAUAUUCAAGACGAAAGUGAUCGAGAACGUUCAAAAUGAACUUCAGCAAUUCGGCCUAAGGAUUUACAAUGCCAACGUAAAGGAGCUUCAGGAUACCCCUGGAAGCGAAUAUUUUGCUUUUCUGAGUCGCAAGGCUCAUGAGGGAGCCCUCAACCAGGCUAAGAUCGAUGUUGCAGAGGCACGGAUGAAAGGUGAAAUUGGAGAGGCAGAGAAAAAGGGCAGAACUAAGCAGGAGAUCUCCAAGAUUGAUGCCGACACUGCUGUUCUAGAAACAAAGCGCAAGGCGGAGAAGGCCAAGGCAGACUCAGAGCUUACGAACCGCAAAACGGAACUGGAUGCUGAUGUCCAACUCAAGAAGAUCGCAGCUCAGCGUCAGACAGAAAUGAGAGACGCUGAGUUGCAGAAACAAGUGCAAAGCAAGCGCGCAGAGACGGAGUUGGAACGUCUCAGAGCCGAGCAGGUCACAAAAAGCAAGGUUGAGCGUGAGUCUUCCCAGGAAGAGGCCGACGCUGCCUUUUAUACGGAACAGAAGGCGGCGGAUGCAGAGUUGUAUAAGAGCAAAAUGGAAGCAGACGCAACCUAUUAUCGCCAGAGCAAAGACGCAGAUGCAGCUUUCUACACUCAAAAGCGAGAAGCCGAAGGAAUCCUCGAGAUGGCAAAGGCAUAUGGUGCGCUUGUUGAUGUUCUCGGUGGUCCUCAGGCGUUCCUGCAGUACAGAAUGUUGGAGUCUGGCACUUAUGAAAGGCUGGCCGAUGCAAAUGGUCGUGCCAUCAGUGGCCUCCAGCCGAAGAUCACCACUUGGAAUACCGGGGACCAUGGGAACGCUUCGCCAGAUGCGAUGGCACCGAUUCGAAAUAUUAUGCAGGGCCUCCCUCCUAUCUUGAGCACAAUCCAUGAACAGACCGGGAUAGCGCCACCGUCAUGGUUUGCUGAGAUGCCAAAGUCCAAGGAUUUGAACGGCAAGCCCCUUCAGACAGAGUCUCAUCCUUUGAAUUAA